GCUCAGUGUCACUCCAAAAGCGCAUUCUGUGGAGGAAAGAUGGACUUUAGAGGUUUACGAAAAAAAUAAAUUAUACAUUAAUUAAUGUUUCAAAGAUCUGAACUUAAUUAAGGUUUUUAGGAAUUAAGGCACUAUGGCAUCAAACUCCAUUCCAUUAGAAGAGCAGAAAGAGUUAUUGGGGAAAAAAAACAAGAAUCGUCAAGAGGGCACUAUGGCAUCAGAAUCCAUUCCAUUAGAAGAGCAGAAAGAGUUAUUGGAUGAAUACAACAAAAACGGUCCUUUAGGUUUUAAGAGUCUAAUUCUUAGGAAAAUUGACAAAUGGAAAGAAACACCUCUUCACAUUGCAGUUACGGGAACUCCCGGUGCUGGAAAAUCGAGUUUCAUCAACACCUGUCGCGGGUUACUCCCAUCAGACCGUCUUGCUGCAGGGGUUGGUGUUACAGAAACCACACGUACAGUUACAAAAUACCAACAUCCGAAGAUGGCCAAUGUUGCUCUGUACGACCUCCCUGGAAUUGGAACUUCGAAUUAUCCUAAUAAUUCCUACUUGCAGAUGGUAAAUUUUGAGAAGUACGAUUUUUUUGUCAUUAUAUCAUGUUCGAGAUUUACGGAGAACGAUGCUUGGCUUGCCAAAGAGGUUGAAAAAAAAGGGAAACAUUUUUAUCUUGUCAGAUCAAAAAUCGACAUCGACAUAGAAAAUAAUAAGCGCGAUUUCAACAGGGGCGAUAAAGAAACCCAGAAAAUAGUGAAAGAGGAUUUGGAAGCCUGUCUUAGGGACCUUCAAAUCUUAGCCCCUGUUUACCUGAUCUCAUCGCUUCUGAAAGACGUACGUAAAUACGACUCUCCAGCUUUAACAGAUAAUUUGAUCGAAUCGACACCAAAGAUAAAGAAGCAAGCCUUGGUAUUGUGGCUUCCGACGAUAACAAAGAAAACGAUCAGCGAAAAGGUUGACGUGUUGAAGAAAAGAGCUACUUAUAUGGCAUUAGCUUCUGGCAUCUUUGGAGCAGUACCUCUGCCUGUUGUGAGCAUUGGAAUUGAUGCAGCCAUUAUAUUGGGUGAAGCGAAAUUUUAUCGUCAGCAGUUCUAUCUCGACGACGAAUCGUUAAAAAAAAUAGAACAUGAUUACUCGAUCAAAAUUGAUGGAUUACAUUUGGCUUCCCGCGAUAUCAAUUUCACUGAAGAUGGUAUUGUUGCGUCCGUCGCGAUGAAUAUUGCAGGAACUCUAGGGAAAAUUGUGUUACCAAUAAUAGGAUCUAUUUUUGCAGGUUAUCAUUAUCACAAUGAUACCAGGAGAUUGCUGUGGAACAUCAUUAAUACAAUGGAAAAGGAUGCACUUAAAAUAAAUUAUGAAAUAGCAGAAAAGAUGUUUUGAAAUGAGGAAAUGUCUUUCAUGUUUUAUAGAAACAUUACGUUUUGGCGUUCUACUUUGCAUCUGAUGGAGACAAUCUUUAUGAAAGCAUGUUACUUUUAGUGUUGAUACUGUUGGCAACGAAUUUGCUUAAACGGACCAUGUGAACAUUUUAUAUAUGUCAUCAGAUGCAUGUGUAGAUAAAAUCACUUUCUGCGUUUGAUAUUUUGAGUAAAUUAUUUUAUAGACGGACUGUGUAACGAUAAUAAAUAUAUAGCACGUGGAACA